UCAGUAACGACUCAGCCAGCCGGCUCUUAAACAACAAACCUCAGGAUUUAUUUUCGUUGCAGGACUGUAACAGAGUUUUUAUCGACUUUCUAUUUACUUUUCUUAAAAGAAGCAACAGUUAAAGGACACUGUCGAGACAGUUUGCAGCCUUUGACUGAAGUUACUCUCUCUCCUUCAGGAUAAUAGGCGUCAGGCUCGCACGUCCAUGACGCCACAGCAGCAGCAGCAGCAGCACAGAGCAGCCUGCCAAGCCCAGGGACAGAGUCUGAUCUUGGGCUGAGAGAACCGGGUAAUGCCCCCUGGUCCUUCCGCCAGAUGUCAACAUCCUCCGCAGUUUGACUUGGAAUAUGCUAUAGCACACUGACGGCCAGUCAAAAUGAUGGCCUCGGUGGUUGUCGGGGGAAACCGGAGGAAGUCCCUUACGCUAAGAGGAGUGGAUCCAGAGACCUGCAUGAUUGUCUUUAAGAACCACUGGGCACAGGUCGUGAAGAUCCUGGAGAAACAUGAGCCGAGUCGCAGCAGCACCGGAGCGUUGAGUUUCCUUUCCGGUCACCAUAGCAACAGCAGCUCUGGAGCAUUGCGCCUUGGUUCGAUCCCGGCUGAUGAGGCCAGUGCUGUCCAGAACUAUGUCGAACACAUGCUCUUUCUGCUGAUGGAGGAAGAGGCAGGGCAAGGAGGAGCAAUGGGUUCCAUCCUGGAGUUUGUGGUUCUUGAGGGCAUCAUGGAGAGGCUGUUUCUGUGGAGCCUGAGGAGACAGUUCACAGAGGACAUGAAGCUGGAGCAGCUCAGGAUGUACCAGAUGCUUUUAUCUCAGGCCAAACAGCCUCUACUGCACCAUAAACCCGUUCUACGGCCGCUCAUGAUGCUGCUCGCCUCCUGUGCCGGAGCUGCGACUGACAGCGGCGGCGUGGUGGAGGCGGAGCUGGUCCUGCUGCUGAACCAGCUCUGUGUGGCUCUGGUCAAAGAUCCAUCCGUACUGGAACUGUUCUUCCACACCAGUGAGGACCAAGGAGCUGCCAACUUCCUGCUGUUCUCCCUGCUCAUACCGUAUACACACAGACAAGGUUUGGUGGGCCAACAGGCCCGAGACGCUCUGCUGCUCAUCAUGUCUCUGUCGGCCUCCGAACCUCGAGUUGCUCAGCACAUCGCAGAGAACACAUACUUCUGUCCUGUGCUAGCCACAGGUCUGUCUGGGCUGUACUCGUCUCUUCCAGCCCGGCUGCAGGUUUAUAGUGAUGACUGGCACUGUUUGGACCAGGCUGACUGGCAGCAGGUUCCAGCUCUCGUCCACUUCUUGCACUCGCUGGACUUCUGUAGUGCUGUUACCAAGGUGGCUCAUCCCUCCAUCCGCUCCCAGUUACUGAAUUACAUCUACAACGGCUUCCUUGUUCCUGUACUCGCUCCUGCUCUGCACAAGCUGACGGUGGAGGAGGUGAUGACCACCACAGCAUACCUGGAUCUUUUCCUGCGCUCCAUCUCUGAGCCUGCCCUACUGCAGACCUUCCUGUCCUUCAUCCUGCUCCACAAACACGACAACGUCCACAUCCUGGACACUCUGGUUAGCAGGGUCAACACACCUUUCCAGCUGGGAACUGUAUCGCUGGCUCUCUUCAGGACACUGAUUGGUCUCUUCUGUGAAGACGUGAUGCUGCAGCUGGUGUUCAGAUAUCUGAUUCCUUGCAACCACCUGAGCAGGAAGCAGCGCUGCUCCUUAAAGCAGAGGGACUGCUACUCCUCCAGCGCCGCCUCCUUUCUGCUCCUCAUGCCCUCCUGGUGCCCAGUGUACCUCAACAACACAAACACACACUCAGAGCACAUCCACUGGCCCAAAGGAGCAGAACUGUCUGUGUCGGACAGUGUUGGUUACUGCCGUGGUUCAGACUUCCUGACAGAUGUUAACUACCUGCAUUACCUCUGGGACGCCCGGCAGGCCAUCUCCAACUCAUACAGGGCUUGUCAAUUCUGGUCAGCCCCAUACGACGGCGUUGACUCUCCGCCUCAAGAGUACCGAUCUGAAACACCAGGAGAUGACAUAGACGAUGAGCAGGAGCUCAUUCAACGAAUUAAAUGUGACUCCAUCUGUUCUUUGGUAAUCACUCCUCCCCCCUCAUUCCUCUCCCCAACGCCGUCCUCCACAGAUACUCUCUCCACAAGUAACCAAGCAGGAAGAGCCAGCUCUGCCCUGGAGUUGGAGUGGGAUGACAUUUUUGAAGACGAAGAUGACUUCUCAUCCGUUGCGUUAAAUUUUCCGUUAGCAAAUGGCUGUCUUGCUGAGGAGGCUGACAGUUUUAUGUCUGUGCCUCCACCGCUCCCUCCUCGACACAUCCAGGAAAUGCGACGCAAUGCGACCAAGCUGGUGCGAGGCUCGUAUGUGGAGGAGUCCGAGUUUCAGGACGAUGCCAUGGUUUAUGAUCUUGUAGCUCAAAAAGACUCAAAGGCUGCUAUUUUGGAGCGAAUCAAAACAGCGAAUCGACGUUCACGUGGAAACAUCUCAAACGGACAGCGGGCGUCAUCUCCAAUGACAAUAGCAGCGGUGUUAACAACAACAGGGAGGACUGUGAUGGACACAGUUAACAGCAUCAUGUCGACACGGAGGAGGAGCGAGGAUGGAGGGAAAGAGGAGAGGAGGAGGAGUGAAGAUUAUGACAAAGCAGUGAGGAGGAGGAGGAGUGAGGAUUAUGGGAAGUUGCUGGGGAGAACAAAGGAGGAAGAAGAAGAUGAGAUAAAGAUAAUAGUUGGACAAAGAGAGCCACAUUUCUUCACCAACGGUUUUCACACUCAGAAUCACAUCAUCGACGAAUUUGAUGACAGCGAUUCAGACUUUGAGCCAUUUAAGGAAAACUGCAACAUUAAUGGCCUCACAGCUUGUAUCAAUCACAUAGACACGUCAGAUCAGCAACAUAAACAUCACAAAACUCAACUUAAGCCAUGUUUAGAGACAAACUCCUCACCCAACAGCCAUUAUGAACCUGAGCCACAUGAACUUUGUGUCUCAACAAAUGCCAAGUCUCCAAAUCUGCCUGAUAGCGAAGCCACAACCACCUACAACAACAGCUUUCUGUCACAAUACUACGAGCUCAUGCUCUCUUUAGGGGUGGAGCCAGACUGUGAUGAUGUCACUGAUGAUAUUAGCACAUUCAGGAAGCGAGUUCAAGAACUGAGGCAGAAACUUGAGGAGGAGGUGGAAGAGCUUCAGCAUGAGUUUGAUUUAAGCUCUUUGUGGGAUGAUGCAGAAGAGGAAGGCGAGGAACAGGCCAUGGAGGAGGAAGAGGAAGAGAAAGAAGAUGAGAAGAAAAGCAUCAGGAGACACGGAGUUCCUUUUACAGGCCCGUUCAUCAGUGUCCUGUUGUCCCGACUGGAGAACCUUCUAGAAAACUCCAUUGCAGUGAAUCUGCUGGUGACUGGUAUCCUGGCCCAGCUGGCCUGCUACCCACAGCCUCUCCUGAGAUCCUUCCUGCUGAGCACCAACGUGCAAAACCAGCCCAACGUACGCACUCUAUAUCAGGUGUUGGUGUCGGUGCAUGCUCAGGUUGAGCGAUACAUGGCGGACAGACCAGACUACCCUGCUCUAGUCACUGAGGCCUGGAGGUUCUUGUUGGCUAAGGACCAAGAUGCCAAAUUUAGAGAGUGCCUCCAGUCUCAAGGUGGGGACAUCAUCCUGGAUCCAUCUCUUCCCAACGGUUCCAUGAAGAACGCUCUGCCUCUGCCUCCUCUCAGUGUCUUGCCACCCUGCCCUACUAUUCCCCCUCAAUCCAAGAGCAGAGUGUUUGCCAUCGUCCUGUUUGCUGAAUUCCUGAAGGAGCUGGCAGCCAUCGCCCAGGAGCACAGCAUCGCUCCAGACUGCUGUUUGGAGGAAUGAUACGAUUGCUGCUGGUGCUCCUCCCUCAAACGUGACAGAAGUAGCUGAUCAGAGACUCAAGUUCAAAACAUGUAGAACAAAUCAUCUCAGUCAUUGAGGAUUAAUACAAAAACUGUAAACAGUAAAAUGUUGCUUUUAAUCUAUAAAUUUGUAUGCACACACACACACACACACAUAUAUAUAUGUAUAUAUAUAUAUAUAUAUAUAUAUAUAUAUAUAUAUAUAUAUAUUCCUGACAGCACUUGAAAAUGUACCCAUCUCCCCAUGUGAAAAUUGUUAAUAACUAUGAAAUGUUUUGAAAGAGAUUAUUUUUAAGACAAUCAAUGUGAAGUUUUCUAAAUAUGUGUGGGAUCUGUGCAAAUCAAUUUUCUUGUUUUCUUGAAUCUUUGCACUAAUUUGUUGUAAAUCUUGUUACACAUUUGGUUUAAACUGCAGAAGCAUUCCUGCAGCUGCAGUUUUAAAUCAAGCUGCCACUAUGAAAGGAAAACGUUAUGCAGAAUUUAAAUAAAAAUUUAAUUU